AUGGCUAGGAAGAGAAACUCUAGUGGUGAGACCGUGGAAGCUGAUAAAAAUUCUAGUGAGGGAACCAUGGUUUGGGAUCAGAUGGUGAAGGAAGCUGCUGCAACCGCGGCUCUAGGUGGGGCCGUGAGAGCCCGAAAGCGAUUUGUUGGCGUCCGGCAAAGGCCGUCUGGCCGAUGGGUGGCUGAGAUCAAGGACACCAUUCAGAAGAUAAGAGUGUGGUUAGGCACUUUUGAUACAGCUGAGGAAGCAGCCAGGGCCUAUGAUGAGGCUGCUUGCUUGCUGCGUGGUGCCAACACUCGGACAAACUUCUGGCCUUGUUCCUCAUCAUCAUCUUCAUCCCCAGCUCUUCCCUCGAAGAUCACUAACCUCCUCCUCCAAAGACUCAAAACAAGGAAUAGCAGUACUUGCACUGCUUCAUCGGCCACUUUUUCCUUGCCCAUCGGCCAGAAGGAAAAGAAACAAGCAGAAGCGUACAGAGAUGAAGCAACAGAUUUCUCAGAUACCUCAUUCACAGAUUACCUCAAUGAUCCUGAAGAUUACACCAACUUCAACAACAUUAAUGUACCCAGUACUAGUGCAACUGCCGCUAGUCCUGAUUACAUGAACACGAGUUUUGAAUCCUCUUUUACAGAAAAACAAGGCUGUAGAGGGAGAGAAACGGACUUCGACUACAAUUGGAAUCCAAAUGUAGCACAGACCUCUAGCGGUGACGGGAGUUUUGGAGGUGAAGGAGAGGAAGAUGGAGAAGAAGCAGGCACUGAUGUUGGAAUCAUGGAUUUCCGAUUUGUGGAUGAUUCUAUUGGAAACUGUUUCUAUUCCCCAUUUGAGAUUGCCGAAGAGAUUGAGGAACCAGUACUGGAACCAGAGAACUACACUGACGAGCCAUCAAUGCUUAGAGCAGCUAUGAAGAGGAUGAAAUAUGAAAGGAAGUUCUCAGCUUCUCUCUAUGCAUUCAAUGGGAUAUCUGAGUGCUUAAAGUUGAAAAACAGAUCAAGAAAUUUGAAUGGAAGAGGAAUAUCUGACCAAUUAAGCAAUCUACAGAAGGCAUGCAACAACAACAAAAUGGAGAAGAGUGCAGAAGAAGAAGAAGAAGAAUAUGUGGAAAUGAUGGGGAAGAGGGAGGAGGAACCCCCACAAAUUUCAGUUGAAAUGGGAACUUCUUCGGCCUCUUCUUUGAGCAACGAAGGUGAAUGGUCACUUUGGAGCUCCCUGGAUCUUCCAUCUAUCUGCUUUGUUAACUGA